CCAGAUAUUUAUUACUUUUGAUUAGAUCUACAUCAGUUAUCACAAAUUUGCAAUUAUGUUGAACACUGAUUGUUCGUCUCGUACGGAUCUUCGUCAACUACGGAUAAUUCGACUUGUCAACCUAGGAAACAAAUCGAAAAACAAAACGAAACAAGGUGUACCUGGGGAUGAGAGAUGCUUGUUUCGGUCAAUUGUGCAUGGCGCAUGCUUUAAAGCUGGAAAGCCAUCUCCAAGUGAGAACCUUCAAAAAGAGCUUGCUGAUGAGCUCCGAGCGAAGGUCGUCAAUGAGUUUAUCAAGAGGCGUGGGGACACUGAAUGGUUUCUUGAAGUUGAUUUUGACAUAUACGCAAUGCAGAUGAUACAAUCUCACAUUUGGGGAGGAGAACCUGAGCUGAUCAUGUCUUCGCAUGUCCUGCAGAUGCCUGUCUCGGUCUAUCUGAGGGAUAAGAAGAUUGGGAAUCUAAAAGUUAUAGCAGAAUAUGGCCAAGAAUAUGGAAAGGAAAAUCCUAUAAGUAUACUCUAUGAUGGAUAUGGACACUACGACGCUUUGUGCAAAAGAUGAAGCACUGGGUGGUGAUUUCACACCAAACACUGUCAUCACUUAAACAUGUCUAUUGCAUCAUGUCACUGCCUUUUCAGGAAGUGUUUCGGAGAAACAGAUUUGGUUAUUAGGUAGUGUGGUUGUCAGAGGUAUUGUCACAUAGCAUACUUUGUAGUUAAUUUGUGCCAACUUUUAACUUCUAUGACCAGAUGGAUGAACUUAUGCAAAUGCAAUUAACGUGCACCCAUUUAGCACACUGUAACUUCAAAUUUUGGUUCUUCAGAGGUUUUUGUUUGUUUCAUGGAAGACACAAAUAAUAUUGGCACUUAGUGAAACUAACUUCACUUGCCACAUGUAAUUCUAACAUAACAUGUAACGAAGUCUUGCAGCA